AUGGAGGGCCACCCGGGCACGGCACAGCCCGCCACUCCCAACGGCAGCCUCCUGGCCCUGGGCGCAGCGCACCUGCUGGAUGGCGCAGCCCUGGCGAACCACUCGCGUGCCCUGCAGGAGCACCAGCAGUACGCCAUCGGGCUCUUCCUGUCCUGCCUCUACAUCAUCUUCCUCUUCCCCAUUGGCUUCGUGGGCAACAUCCUGAUCCUGCUGGUGAACCUCAGCUUCCGGGAGAAGAUGACCAUCCCCGACCUGUACUUCAUCAACCUGGCGGCCGCCGACCUCAUCCUGGUGGCCGACUCGCUCAUCGAGGUGUUCAACCUGGACGAGCAGUACUACGACAUCACCGCGCUCUGCACCUUCAUGUCCCUGUUCCUGCAGAUGAACAUGUACAGCAGCAUCUUCUUCCUCACCUGGAUGAGCUUUGACCGCUACGUCGCCCUGGCCCGGGCCAUGCGCGCCAGCCUCUUCCGCACCAAGCAGCAUGCGCGGCUGAGCUGCGGCCUCAUCUGGCUGGCCUCGGCCUCGGCCACACUCGUGCCCUUCACAGCCGUGCACCUGCAGCACACCAGGGAGGCCUGCUUCUGCUUUGCUGACGUGCGGGAGGUGCAGUGGCUGGAGGUCACCCUCGGCUUCAUUGUGCCGCUGGCCGUCAUCGGCCUCUGCUACUCGCUCAUUGCCAGGGUGCUGGUGGGCGCGCACCAGCGCCACGGCCCGCGGCCCCGGCGGCAGAAGGCGCUGCGCAUGAUCCUCACGGUGGUGCUGGUGUUCUUCGUCUGCUGGCUGCCGGAGAACGUGUUUAUCAGCGUGCACCUGCUGCAACGCCCAGAGCCAGGGGCCUCCCACUGCAAGCAGGCCUUCCGGCACGCCUACCCCCUGACCGGCCACAUCGUCAACCUCGCCGCCUUCUCCAACAGCUGCCUGAACCCCCUCAUCUACAGCUUUCUCGGGGAGACCUUCAGGGACAAGCUGAGGCUGUACAUUGAGAAGAAGACCAACAUGUUGGCCCUCCACCGUUUCUGCCAUGCCACCCUGAAGUCGGUGAUCCCAGACAGCGAGGGGCCAUCGGACACCAAGUUCAGCAGCGUGGUGUAA